GGGAUUAAGUGAGUGGCCAAGAGUCAGAAUGGGGAGCCAACCAGCUUCCUGGCCCUCAGCCUCUAGAGCUUUCUACUAUCUUGCGCUAAAGCCUCAGAUGGAAAGGGAGCAGUCUUGCCUUUGGGCCAAAUGCAUGAUGUCAUCAAGCCUCGAUUCACAAGUUACCCGCAACAAUAUGUACAGCUGGGUCAGGCUUUCUUCGUCAACAUUCAGUCCCAAAAGCUCUUAGAGAUACACUUCAGACCGCAGCGAGGCAGCACCGGUCUCGCUACCAGAGGCUCUGUUUCUGCCUUUCUCCAGGCAUAGGAAAGUUGGGGUAAUGCUUCCUGGUCUCCUUCCACUUUGCUCUGCAGCACCAGGAUGGCAGCUCUGGGUGGCUGCUUUCCUCGUCCAAGGAACUAAGCUGAAAAGCAGGUGUUCUUUCCGGCUCAGCAGAUGCAAAGGCGAUAAGCUGCACCUUUCGGAGGCUCUGGGCAAUUCAGACCCGGCAGAGCUCUUGGACCCGGCUGGCUCUCUCCUCCCCAGCGGCCCCGUGAUGGACGCGUGUCUGAGCUCCGAGCAGCAGCCCCGGCCCCUGGAAGAGGCCCCGAGCACCCCGGACGAUGAGACUCUGCACACAGACGACACCAGCAGAUGCCCGGGAGAUUCUAAUGAGAUAGAAGCAUCACUUCGAAGCCUCCAGAAAUUUGUUCCUACGAAUUACCCCAGCUACACCCAGGAGAACUAUCAGUUUGUGGGCAAGAAGAUUGUCAUUCAAGAAUCCAUCGAAAGUUACGGAGCGGUGGUGUGGCCAGGGGCCGUAGCGUUGUGCCAGUAUUUGGAGGAGCACACAGAGGAACUCAAUCUCCGAGGUGCUAAGAUACUGGAAAUCGGUGCUGGACCAGGCCUCGUUUCCAUCGUGGCCAGUAUUCUGGGGGCUCAAGUCACGGCGACAGAUCUGCCUGAUGUGCUGGGGAACCUACAAUACAAUCUCCUAAAGAACACGCUCAACUGCACCACGUAUCUGCCAGAAGUGAAGGAGCUGGUGUGGGGGGAGGGCCUGGAGCAGAGCUUCCCCAAGUCCACGCUUUACUACGACUACGUGCUGGCCUCCGACGUGGUCUACCACCACUACUUCCUGGACAAGUUGCUCGCCACCAUGGUGUACCUCUGUCAGCCAGGAACAGUGCUGCUUUGGGCCAACAAGUUCAGAUUCAGCACCGACUACGAAUUUUUAGACAAAUUCAAGCAAGUUUUUGACACGACACUCUUGGCUGAAUCUCAAGAGUCAUCGAUCAAACUCUUUAAAGGAAUACUAAAGUGGGACUGAACGAAACAAAAUGCCUUUCGAAACAUUAGUGGGUCUGUUGAACAGUGUUAGAAAUUUUAUAAGAUGGCGAAGGCAGUGUGUAGAAUCAACGUGUCUACCUAGAAUAAACCUGAUUAUUACAGCAGCUCUAUAAAACAACCUAUUUUGGAUUAUCUGGUUAAUUGAAAUAUACACAGGCAUAGCACGAAAACAGGAAAGUAGCUUUGUUGGCUUCCUGGAGUUCUCAAUUAAGUGUUUAAUAAAUUUUACAUGAACACAUUAA